CAGGUGGAAAGCACAAUGGCUGUGGAAGAGGUCAUCUACACAUUUUUUGAGGUGAUUAUUGCUGUUUGCUGCUGUCUUGGUAACAUGUUGGUUAUUUUGGCACUGUGGACCAGUAAAAGCAUUCAACAGCCCACCUUCUACCUUGUUGUCAGUCUGGCUGUGGCUGACUUUAUGGUUGGCUGCAUGGCCCUACCGCUGGCUGUGGUAGUUGACGGACGAGUGAAGACUUCUUUCUACGGCUGUCUUUUCAUCAGCUGUGUGACCAUCCUGUUGACACUAGCCUCAGCUUUGUCUCUUGCGGCUAUUGCUGUGGACCGCUUCCUCCGGGUAUAUGUACCCCUCAGGUACAAAAGGACUGUAACACGGAGACAUUGUUGGCUUGUUGUAGCAGCAUGUUGGCUUGUUGCAAUACCACUGAGCUUUGCUCCCACGCUUGGAUGGUACAACCAUGAAACCUGGUCUAAGUCAGUUAACUCUACUAUUGUUUGCAGGCUUAUAGAUGUGAUCCCCAUGUCAUACCUGGUUUACUUUAGAUUCUUAGUUUGCGCCCUGAUACCUCUGUUGGUGAUGACUGUAUUGUACGGCUACAUUUUCUGGACAAUCCGAGGAAACCUUCGAGAGAAACCAGGCAACGGUGCCCAAGAACAGUCUCAGAUCUACCUAAAGAAAGAAAAACAGCUGGCAGGAUCUCUGUCUCUGGUCUUGGCUCUGUUUGCCCUGUCCUGGCUCCCAAUCCACAUUAUGGACUGCAUAUUUUACUUUGGUGGGCCAGAUUAUGUACCAGUAAAAGCUUUCUAUGUUGGCAUCCUGCUUUCUCAUGCUAACUCAGCUGUAAACCCACUUGUGUAUGCAUUCAAAAUACAAAAGAUCAAGACAGCCUACCUGAAGCUGUGGAGACGGUAUAUUGCAUGUGGAGAAGAAAUUCAAGGAUCUCAGACAACCCAGUCGACUGACAACAAUCUCAAUAGGGUGGCCAACAAUGAGUGAAAGAAGACUUUUGUUUGUUUGUUUGCUUCUUUGUUCUUAAAGUUCAGGUUUUGGCUGUUGAGCAUAAUUAAACAUUGUAAAACAUAUUAUAUUAGAUGUGGGUGAACAUAUGGGUGAUUGUUGCAAAUAACUGUCACUGUCAAGGAAAGGGCAACUUUCACUGUCCUACAAGCUUUAGUUUCAUAUCACUGCUGUGCUUCUGGUUGUAUUGAGCUGUA